GUCAACGGACACUUUCUCUACUCUCCUUCCCUUCCUUCCACGUUCCAUGAAAUUAAAGGAAAUCCACCGAACCUCGACUUUCGCAUGGUCGCCGUCUGCAGAGCUGCCGCUGCUGGCCACGGGGACUGUCGCCGGUGCGCUCGACGAGUCGUUCAGUGACGAGAGCCAGCUCGAGAUCUGGGCUCCCAACUUCCUGGACAAGGACGAGUUCGAGCUGGGCGCGGCGGCCCAGCAGGGUCCCAAGGGCAUCGUUAAGGAUACCGCGCGUUUCAACCGCUUGGCGUGGGGCGCUGUCGAUGCGGCGCACACUCGUGGUGUACUUGCCGCUGGCCUGGAAAAUGGCGAGCUGGCACUCUGGGAUCCCGCGAAAAUCGUCGCCCAUGCAGAAGACUCUCUCAUAUUUCGCAACUCGACGCACACGGGGCCUAUACGCGGAUUGGACUUCAACCCCAUACAGGGAAACCUCCUUGCGACCGGUGCUGUCAAUGGCGAGGUGUAUAUCUGGGACUUGAACUCCCCCUCCAAGCCAUACACCCCGACGCCCGGCGCGCGUUCUACCAAGCUGGAUGAAAUGACAUCCGUUGGGUGGAACAGACAGGUCCAGCAUGUUCUGGCUGGCGCCAGCAACUCGGGAUACACUGUCGUCUGGGAUCUUCGUGGUAAGCGAGAGGUCGUCGCUUUGACCUAUGGUGGAACGGGAUCUGGAGGUGGAAUGAGUGAUAUCAAAUGGCAUCCAGACAAUGCCACUCGACUUGUCACGUCCUCUGAAGACGACCAGACUGCCAUCAUCAUGAUGUGGGAUCUUCGCAAUGCGCGUGCGCCCGAGAAGACUCUCAGCGGGCACGAAAAAGGAAUUCUCUCCUUGGCCUGGUGUGCUCAAGACGCGGAUUUGCUGCUGUCCGGAGGCAAGGACAACCGCACGAUUUGCUGGAACCCGCAGACUGGCGAGGCGCUCGGGGAACUUCCGAGGGCCCAGAACUGGACUUUCCAGGUUGAUUGGUGUCCACGUAAUCCCGAUCUAUUGGCUGCCGCCCACUUUGACGGCACGAUCGGUCUUCACUCUCUUCAAGGCACAAAUGAGUCGACUGCAGCGGAAAUUGCGGCCCACCAAGCGUCAGGCGCGGACAUCUUCGACCUGCAGCCCGGAGGCACCGCCUCAAGCGCAGCUGGAACAUUAUCGCUCAAGACUCCCCCCAAAUGGUUCCGCCGCCCUGCGUCUGCCUCGUUCGGAUUUGGUGGCAAGCUUGUGAGCGUGUCGAAUCUACCGAAUGCGGCUGGGAAGCACCAAAGUGGAUCUGUGCAUCUCCGGACGGUGCGCAUCGAGGACACCAUCGUACAGCGAGCUACUGGUUUGCGGGAAGCGAUCUCAAAGGAUGAGGUCUCUUCGUGGGCCAGUGAGCAAGUGGCGGACAAGGCGCUGUUGAGUCUCUUCAAGACGGACUCGCGGGAAGAGCUGGUCGCAUUGCUUGGGUUCGAGAAGGCCGAGAUCGAGCGCAAGGUGAGGGAAGCUGUUGAGGCACUUUCCUUGACGACGGAUGGCGAUCGUACGAUGCAAGAGCCAGAGCCAGAGCUAGAAGUGACGGUCCGAGACCCCGUCGUCUCAUUCGCCGAAGACGAGGUUGACAGCGAAAAGGCUGCGUCGGAAGUGAGUGCCACGACGAGUGGCGUGAGCUUGAGCGGCACCUCUCAGACUGCUCCUACCGUGAGCGAAUCAGGAACGACGACGACUGUGCCAAGCUUGUUCGGUGACGAUGGACCCGUUGACGAUUCGAACGACUUCUUCAGCAAUGUCGUCCCCCACACGAAUUAUCAGCUAGACUCGUCGGUUGCUGCGACGGUUGGGUCGCGACCGUCUUCUGCCGCGUCUGAGGUUCCGCGAGGAUUCAAUAUUUACCCGGCCUCUUCGUCACCCACGGAUCGGCUGAUCACACAGGCUCUGGUAUUGGGCGAUUUCGAGUCUGCGGUGUCGCUGUGCUUGGCUUCGUCGCGCUAUGCGGAUGCGAUAUUGCUGGCAGUGAGGGGUGGGCCGGCUCUGCUGCGCCGGACGCAGGAUGCAUACUUUGCGUCGACUUUGACGCAGCAGGGUGGCAGCGGCCGGGUUCUACAGGCUGUCGUGAAUGGCGAUCUGGGCGACAUCGUGCGGAACGCAGAUGUUGCUGAGUGGAAGGAGGUGUUUGUCGUGCUGUGCACGUUUGCCAAGGAGGACUUUGAGAGUCUGGUCGAGGAGCUCGGGGCGAGACUUCAGGCCCGGGGGAAGCAAGUGGCGGAUGACGGAGACGAGGUGGAGGGUAAGGUGUGGCGCAAGAACGCGACCCUAGCAUAUCUGGCUGCCGGAAAGCUCGAGCGGCUUGUCGGGAUCUGGAACGAGGAAAUGGUCGAGGAAGAGAUGAACAGUCUUUCCGGUGCAGGGAGUGUCGCUUCAGUGUAUUCCGCCCGGGCUCAGGCGCUGCAGACAUUCGUCGAAAAGGUGACCGUUUUCCGCGCUGCGACCAAAUAUGUCGACUCGGCCGAGGGCAACAAGUUGAAUUCUCUCUAUGACCGAUACUACGAGUAUGCAUCGGUUCUUGCUGCUCAAGGGCUGGUCGACGAGGCAGUCCGGUUCCUGGAGCUUGCGCCUGCUCAGUAUGGGGACGAGUCCGCCAAAGGAGUACGCGAGCGUCUUGUCAAGGCCAGCUCCAAGACUCCUGCUAUCCCGUCUGCUCCAGCAACUGUUCGAGCGACGGCAGCUGCUCUUCCCCGGGUGCCAUUCUCUCAGCCGGCGUAUGGACAACCCGCGGUCCCAAGCUAUGGCGCCUCCGCACCGACAUCCACCGGGCCGUAUGCUCCGGCUGUCACUUCUAAUGCAUACAGUCAGCCCGUCGCAUCGACUGGAUAUCCUCAGCAGCCUGCGAAUUCCGCCGGGUAUGCGCCGCCUGCCCCCGCUGGACAAUAUGCGCCGCCGCCAGUGCCUACUGCACCGGCCACUGGGCCCUACGCCCCGGCCGUGUCAUCGAACGUUGCACCGCGAGGAAAUGCUUAUCCUUCAAACGGAUUCGCGAAUGGUGGGGCUAACAUGGGCGGGCCACCUUCGUUGACAGGACCCCCUUCGAUCGGUGGCCCCCCGCCAAUGGCCGGGCCGCCCCGUUCAAUUCCCAUUAAACGGGACGCUGGAGGAUGGAACGAUGCUCCUAGUAUGAUGCCCAGCCGCACGACACCAGUGGCAAAGUCCUCCGCUAAUGCGAUCACCUCACCAUUCCCCAACAUGCCAGCAAAUCCGCCUUCGUCGCCUUUCAUGAAUCAACAGUUUGCGCCGCCGCCGAGGCCAGGAAGUGUGCAGGGACAGAUGGCGCCGCCGCCGCCGAGGGCAGGUCCCCCGCAGGGACGGCCCUCAUCAGCGGCGCCUCCACCUCAAAGGGUGAUGUCGCCUCCAGGACCAGCCCGAUUGCCAACUCCCAGCCAGUAUGCAGCCCGGCCUGCUGACGGGUACGGACGCCCGCCUUCAAGCCAGGCGAUGUCUAUGCCUCCGCCCCCGCCCCCGCCAUCGGGUCCGUACGCACCGCCUCCAGGGUCUCAGCCACAGCAGCGGAUGCCGCCGCCCGCAAUGGGAAUGGCCCCGCCUGCUGGAAUGGGAAUGGCCCCGCCUGCUGGAAUGGGAAUGACCCCGCCUGCUGGAAUGGGAAUGGCUCCGCCGCCAGGAAUGGCGCCUCCUCCGGCAAUGGGCAUGGCGCCUCCCAACGGGCCGCCCAGUGGACCGGUCGCGCCAGCUCGAGCUCCGCCAGCUCCGAAGGGACCACCGCCACCUAAGUAUCCCCCUGGUGACAGGAGCCAUAUUCCGGCCGCAGCGAUGCCUGCAUUCAAUGUGAUCUCGCAGCAGUUGGAUCAAUUGCGCCAGACUGUACCUCCGUCCCAGAAACGACUGGUCGAUGACCUUGAAAGGCGGAUCAAUCCGCUCUUUGACGCACUCAAUUGCGAGACAUUGUCCCAGCCGGUAGUUGAGCAGUUGCUUGUGCUCACUCAAGCCAUGGAAGCACACGACCGCGCCAAUGCGCUGGCAAUCCAUGUCGAUCUGCUGACGCGGGGAUCCCAGACGGAUGACAUUGGGAUGUGGAUGUCUGGCAUUAAACAGCUCAUCAUGCGUUUGUAGGUGGUGGUGUACUAGAAAACGUAUAUAUGCAAUCCCUGGAAUUUCGGCUCCCCUGCGUAAAUGCUAUUUUAUUCUUCUGCUCUGAUGCGUGGCAAGAGUGAACAUCCAAGAUAUGUAAUUGUUCCGUCACACCGUUGACGCAUUCACGCGCGUCGAGGUCGCAUAAGACGCAGCUCCUGGUCACGUCUAGAUAAACAUAUAUGUAAACUAACCGUUUCAAAUGGAAUGCAGCUGUCUGAGCAUGCGUACCAUGGUAGGAAUUAUCAGGAGCAGCUCCCAGGCGUGAACUCACGCGACAACAGCAUCAUCCCCUCACAUGUAUACCUCGUCUGCGUCGCCAUCUGCAUCCGCAUCCGCGCCAAAGGCCUCAACCUUUACCACCAAUUUCCACGGAAUGAGCACCUGCCCGACAUACCGCGCAUCCGCGUCUCCGUCUGUGUCCGGGCCAACGCGGUAUUCGUCUGUGUUCACGAGCAGAACGUUCAAUGGCUUGUCCGUGCCCGCGAACGUCCCUAGGAAGAUCCGCCCGUCGGUUGUUAUUAUUCGGACGGGGGUUUGGAGGAGCGGGGUGAGCAGGGAUGGGGAUGCGGUGGAAGCAUUGGGUGACGAUAAUGACAUGGUGGUGGCGUGAAGCGAAAUCUUAUUACAGCCCUUUCGGAAAAGGUUGAC